AAAACUACGUCGUUCCACUUUCCACAAAACUAUCCGUUGCAGCUUUUUUUUUCCUUUUUCUCCAUUAUUUUCGAAUUUCAAAAUUCAAACACACCCAAUAAACUCCAUAAGCUCUAGUAAUUAAAGCUCCUCAAUCCCUUCCAUUUCUCAAAUCCCAACGUUUCUCUUUUAAAUUUUCAGACACCCUUUUAUAAAACUGUCUCUUCUGUUUUCUCUCAAACAACAAUCAUUUAUCUAGCUCCAGAAUCUGUACCAAGUUGUCUGUUUCUUUUUUCUUUUUUUUUCAAGAAUCGCGUAAACAUGGGUGGUUCGGGGAAGUGGAUUAAAUCGUUAAUCGGUCUUAAAAAGAAUCAAUCAAGCGAUUCUGAGAAGGGUGGUGUGAAGAGCAAAAAAUGGAAGCUAUGGAGGAGUGCAUCAGGUGGAAUUGCUAUGACGUUGUCGAAAGGCGUAAAAGGGGGUGGGAAUUUGGGAGAUUCAGACGGAUCUGAGUCUUCAUUUCUCUCUGAAAGUGCUUUGGCUGCUGCCAUGGCUACUGUGGUCAGAGCUCCACAUAAGGAUUUUGUGGUUGUGAAGAAAGAAUGGGCUGCUCUUCGAAUUCAGACUGCCUUUCGGGGUUUUCUGGCAAGGCGUGCGUUAAGGGCAUUGAAAGCAGUAGUCAGGAUACAAGCUAUAUUUCGUGGGCGACAGGUGAGAAACCAAGCUGCUGUAACCCUGAAGUGUAUGCAGGCUCUUGUCCGAGUGCAGGCUCGAGUUAGAGCCCGAUGCAAUCAAACAUCAGUUGAUGGAGAUGCGACGAAGGGUUCUCUUGCUGAUAGCCAACCUGACCCAAUCAAGCAAGCUGAGAGAGGAUGGUGUAAUAUCCCUGGCACAGUGGAUGAAGUGAGGUCGAAGUUAAAAAUGAGACAAGUUGGAGCAAUCAAAAGGGAGAGGGCAGUUGCAUAUGUCCAACAGAAACUGAGAACAAACCCCAGCCCGAAUUCAAGAACAAGGAAAGUUGAAACCCCAAAUAAGAUUAAGUCUACCGGGGAUUCAGCUUGGUUAGACCGUUGGAUGGCGAAUAAGCCUUGGGAAAACCGAUUGGUGGAAGAAUUCCAUACUGACGCAUCAGGGAUGACCCCGAGUUCUAGGAAGCAUGAAGAAUAUGAUACUGGAUCUUUUACUGAACGUAGUUCGGUGAACAUUAGACGGAAUAACAUGUCUACCAGGAUAUCUACAAGAGGACCAAUCAGUUGCCAACUUGUCAACUCAUCUUCUGAUUAUUAUCCGUAUGAUGAUAGUACGACUUCUCAUUCUUCCCUGUCAACUUGUGAAACUCUUGGAUCGAAUCAGACUCCUACAGAAGAGGGACAUAGCAAGAAACCGAACUACAUGAAUCUCACGAAGUCUAUUAAGGCAAAGGUUAAGCAGAGAAAUUCAAAUUAUAUGUCUCAGAGUACUAUCCAAAGGAACUCAACUGAUAGCUUACAAGUCCAUAGGAAGUCAAGUCCGCUUUCGAGGGGGAUAUCAAGGAGUAGUGCUGAUUGUGAUCUUUAUUCAGUUGAUCUGUGUAAGGAUCUCUACCCUCCCUCAAAUGCAUUUUGAUCAACUAAACUUGGAAGACGAGGGCGAUUUGUGUUAUGAAGGAUGUUUCAUUGGUGAUUUUUCUUUGUCCAUUUAGCUCAACAACUUGUUGUCAAAGAUAGUAAAAGGAGUUUUACUCGGUUACAGAAAUUUAGACUUAACCCCAAUAUAUGAUGGCAUUAGAUGAGAUUUUACAGUUUCCUUUAGAAAAGUUGAUUUGCACAAUGUCAAGAAUGAGUUUUCUGUAAUAUAUUGUGUGUUAUUGGAUGAUA